AUGACCUGGGAAAAUCACUCAGUGUUAAUGGAAUUUGUGUUCCUGGCCUAUCCCUCCCACCCAGAGCUGCGUGUCUUGUCCUUCCUUGGGAUCAGCCUGGUUUAUACAUUGUUCGUCAUUGGGAAUGUCCUCAUUUUGGUGGCCAUCCAGACAGAAGCCUGCCUACACAAACCCAUGUACUAUUUCCUGAGCAGCCUCUUGGGAGUAGAAAUAUGCUACAUGGCUGUGAUGGUGCCCCACAUCCGCAACAUCCUACAGUCAGCGAAAACCGUCCCCCUCCUGGGCUGUGCCACUCAGAUAGAUUUUCUCACUGGAUUUGGCAGUGCCGAUCGCUUCCUCUUGGCUAUCAUGGCCUAUGACCGGUAUGUUGCCAUUUGCCACCCCUUGCGAUACCCUCUCAUCCUGACUUUAACUCUUUGUGUCCGCUUGGUUGCGGCCUCUGUGGUCAUUGGCUUAUUCCUGUCCUUACAGCUAGUGGUCUUCAUCUUCUCUCUGCCGUUCUGCCCGGUUCGGAAUAUAGGGCACUUCUUUUGUGACGCACAGCCAGUGAUGCGUCUCGUUUCUGCCAACAGCCUCUUCCGUGAGCAGUCAGUGCGGGUGGCAGCCACACUAGCCAUAGCUGUGCCUUUCUUCUCUAUCACCACCUCCUACGCCUUCACUGUGGCCGCCGUGCUCGGGAUUCGCUCAGCAGCUGGCCGCCACCGGGCCUUCUCCACCCGCUCCUCCCGCCCCACUGUGGUCCUGCUGCAGUAUGGCUGCUGUACCUUCAUGUACCUGUGCCCCAGCUCCAGCUACUACCCCAAACGAGAUCAGUUCGUCUCCCUGGUGUACACAUUAGUUCUCAACCCAUUUGUCCACACCCUGAGAAGCAGUGGGAUGAAGGCGACCAUAGGGGGAGUUCUUACCAGGAAUUGCCUCUUCCAGAAAAGCUAG